AUGAGUUAUGUUUUGAACAAGCUAAAUACAAAGAAAGAUGUGGAUAAUGCGAUCAAGAGUUGUGAAGACAAAGUCCUUGUGCUGAGAUUUGGGCGAGAUGCUGACACAGUCUGUCAACAGCUGGACGAUAUUGUAAGAAAAAGUGACCCGCUCAGUAUCCUUGAUGAUCAUACGGCCAUCAUUGCCUGUUUAUUUUGUCGUGAUAACUAUUUUUGCGAGCAUCAUACGCAUAGAGGUUAAAAGCAAAUUUAACUAGCCUGAAUUUCAGACAUUCUGUCGAGUUGCAUACUCCUCUAAGGGACGUCAGACGUCCCUGAGAGGAUUAUGCGACUCGAAGGAAUGUCUGUAAUUCAGGCUACAUAUUUACUGCACAGUUAAUCCAGCUGCGCCCAUGAUCCCCCCGCUCCCCCCACGGGCUAACGCCCCCCCCCCCCCAGGCAUUAGCAUUUUUUCUCGUUGGAUAUCAAAUUCCUGGGGGCUGGGACACAUAAGCUGCCAAAUGCUCUACAGUGGGGACAAGAAAAGGGGACACAUGCCCUGUCCUCAAUCAACACUGCAGCAGUUUUCAUUGAUCACACAGUCAAGAAGUACCACUUCAAGCAUUUGAAUGUGCAAAAUCAAGAAAUGCAUUCAACACUAAAAGAAAGGGGGAUAGCCUAAGGAAAAAAGUACAUGCAUAAAAUCAAGAAAACAUGCCUUUAAAAACUGAUACAAUUUCUUCCCGUCCUUGAUAGAUGGGCCAAUAUGCUUGUGUUUACUGUAAAAUCCUCUAUGUUAAAUUAUAUUUGAAAAGGAAACCACAUGAGUAUCAAAAGCUGGGAGGUGGCCCCUGGGUUGGCAAAUGCCCAACUCCCAGGCCAUGUAAAAAUUGCUAAUGACCCAACCCCGGGACUGACAAGGCGGGAAAAUGCUCUGCAGUAGCCGGGGGAGGGGGGGAAGGGAUGGGCACAGCUGGUAUUGGCUGAUGUGUAACUACAUCAGAAAAGCUUGUAGAAUUGAAGGAGUGGUCAAAUUUCUGGUCAGCGUCAGGCAUUGCUUAGCUCCUCUUCAUUCUUAGUGAAAAUGUCAUUUUGUCUAUUUUUUUAAAUUUUAUAAUUCCUUACAAAGCCAAGGUUUAUAAAUUUGUCAGACACGCAGUGUGGAGAUUGCAUUUUUUUUCCAAUUUGGCAACCCAAGUAAAACCAACAGUCUUUGCAGUUUGCAUUUAAAAAUCAAAUAGGACAAUAAAACAAAAACAGAAGAAGAUGAAAGAACAACGAGUCCUCACAACAGGAUAUUUGUGGCUAGUCACCCAACCGGUUCUAAGCCCUGCCCAACAUACCCAAACUUGAGUGCCACAUUGAGGAGGGUUUGCAAGACACAUUUUUUCGUAUAUGAUUACAAGUUUGAAGUGAAAGAAAAUAAAAUUAAUUUAAUCCAAGAAUAAAAUGAACCUUGAAAUAUACAGACUGAAUUUUGUUCUGAAAUGUAUGACUAAUGUUAAUUUAUAUGUGAUAAAAUGUGAUAUUUUAGAGAUUUAGAGUGACAUUUGCAGCAAAUGCCAAACAUCAGAUUCAAGUUCAGAAUUUCUCAAAAUAGAAAACAUGCUUCAAAAAACAGUCCAAAGCGAUUGCUAUAGGCAAAAGUAACGUAAAUGUACUAAUUUUUGGGUAGAAGUAAUAGACAGUAAAAGACAUUUUAAGGGAAAACUUGGUCACGUGUUACAAAUAGUAUUUCACAUUUGCUGUUUUCCAUAAACCUGACUGUAAAUCUCUCUAUUUUAAUGCCUUAUUUUACCUUGACAACCUAGCUGGCCAAGACUUCUCAUGAUGUUUCUCGCAUGGCUGAUAUAUUCAUUGUGGAUGUAGAUGCAGUGCCUGUCUAUACACGCUAUUUUGAUAUCUCUCUGAUUCCAUCUACUGUGUUUUUCUUUAAUGGACAACACAUGAAAGUAGACUAUGGGUAAGGCUUUGUUACAGCAACUGGAAAUUUACAAAAGAGGUUAUGUGCUUAUCAGCAGCUAUCCUGGGUGGUCAACUGUGGGGAAAUACGUGGGCAUGAGGUGGGAUUUGUUGAUAGUUGCUGCAACUUUUUAGUAGAGGACAUGGGGAUUGGAUCACUUUCGCACUUUGUUGUACAAAUAUAUCUGCGGAAAGACCCAAAGCAUUUUGAAUGCACCUAGCAGUCGAGAAGGAAAAUUUUAAUUAAUAAUAUUAUUAUUGUUCUUGGGUGGCAGGAUUUCUGAACAUCUUUGUGCAAAUGCCUGGGUUCCCCUGCAUUAAUCAAUGCGUUUAAAUAAGUGCAUUAAUCAUUGCGUUUACUGCAAAUAGGAAACAGCAAAUACCUUAAGUUCAACAACCUAUGAAAUGUUUUCAGACAGCAGCCAAAAUAACUGAUGAGUUUAUGAAUUUUCUUCAUGCAGUAGACAAGUAAAAAAAGGUUUAAUUUUUUUAGAUUUAUUUUAAAAGCUUGUUUGGUAUUUUAUCUUUACAAUUUUCUUAAUUUCUUAUUCUUUUUCUUUCCUCUCAGCACACCUGACCACACAAAAUUUAUUGGAAGCUUCAAAACUAAACAGGAUUUCAUUGAUCUUGUGGAAGUGAUCCUGCGAGGAGCACUGAGAGGAAAACUGAUUGUAACAAGCCCCAUCGAUCCACAGAACAUUCCUAAAUACAACCUAAUAUACAAUGACAUUUAACCGUUUCACUUUUAAGGGUCAAUGUUUUACUAUUACUGUAGCAAUUUUCUGUAUCCUCAUCAGCUCCGUAAGGUUUUUGUCUUAAGAAAGCAAGCAAUGAAAAUAAUGAUGUCUUCUCUCUGAUCAAUAAUAGUGUUUAUAAUGAAAAGUAGGGACCAAUUUAUUGAAAUAGAGUUCAUUGAAGCUAUAGAUGCAAAUUUUGUAUGUACAAAACGAAAGUGUGAAAAAAAUCCAGACUAUUAACGAUGACAUCUAUUAAAUAAUGACAAAUAACCAGUCACUGUAUCAUAUAAUAUUCCCAUCUCA